UAAUCACUUGUAAUUACAGUAUCCACCCUAUUUUAUCAGGAUUCUAGCUAUCAGAUUAAAGAACACAGGAAGACAUUCUGAUCAGUGCAUAAAAUGAACAUCUGCCACCCGCCAGAUGCGGGUAGAUUUAGGUAUUGGCGGGUAAGAAUGUCUAUUUCACCAGCCACGGUGUUCAACUUGCAGGUCUCUACAGUGCGAGCGUUACAUUUGUGAAUAAAAUAGUCAAAAGUGCGAGUUGAAAUUUAUUGCAGAAAAGUGCGGCAGUAGCUGUUUUCAAAGUAUUUUUGCUGUUUUAUUUCAUAGUUCCUAAUUGCACAAUGAAAUAUGAAUCCUCUAUCCCACCUCGCGCAGCAACACUGCCUGGCAGGAGAGCUGUGCGCUCUGUGUGAAGUGCUGAUAGAUUCAUUUUUGGAGGUGCUGCGCACAGGCAUGAACGUUGGUCUAAUUUACUCAAAAGUCUACAAAGUGAGACGGUGUUCUUGUGUUUCUUGGCUAUUUACAUUGUUUAGUUCAGAAGCUCAGUUGUUUUUAAACGUUAGUUUGAGGCUGCUGCUUCAAACGGUAGUCCUAGUCGGAUCGCAAAUCUCACACAAACAAAACACACGACACAACUCUGGUGUCACAUUUACCAAGGUAACCUCCCGCCCUUAAAGGGGCAGCUGAAAAAUAUAUAUCAUCUGAUAUUUUGGUUAAAAGUCACAAAAAUGUUGUGAAAUUGAGCUUAGUAAUACAUAGUAAAUUGAGCUUAGUAAUACAUUUCUUGUUUUGGAAACAUUACAAAGCGUGGUCAUCCGUUUAAAAAAAAAAGUUAAAUGGUUGGCUGGUAAAAAUUCUGAGUGGCAGGUACCUGCCACAGUUGCUGCAGACCAAAUAGUCACUUUUAAGCCCUGGUUCUGAUACCUAAAGCAAAUCGAAUGUUGACCUCAAGAUGGGAGAUGUCAUCCAUUGCAAAUGAUACAAUCAUAGAAUCCAUAUGUUUUCUGUUCUAUUUUCUCUUCAUAGAUGGGAUGGGUUUUGACCUGUCUGAUGCCUUGGGUCCAGAUCCCGUACCGGGUAAACCAGCUGUUGUUCCACCUAAAGAUGGAGGCACCGGUGGCGGGUCCUUCGGAGACAAUGACCUGUUUGAUUUGAGCGAUAACGAUAACUACAAGCCUGAUCCCGGCAAGGGAGGUGGAGCACGUGCAGCUGACCCAGCGCCCUCAGAUCCCAAUGGAGGAGGUGGUGCUCCUGCAGACCAACCUCAAGGUGAAGAAGCUGGAUCUGGUCAGAUCGCUGGCAUAGUGAGUGGAAUAGGAGUGGCCCUCCUUGGUGCUGCCUCCAGCUACUUUGCCUACCAAAAGAAGAAACUGUGUUUCAAGGUUCAGGGAGGUGAAGACCCAGAAAGUGGAAAGAACGCACAUGGAGCUCAGUCUGAUCCCCAAGUGAUGAGCAACUUGCUCAGGUCAUCCUAACUUCGAUCAGGUCAUCCUAACUUCGAUCAGGUCAUCAUAGAGGAACCUCACCUAUAGCAAAGAAACACCUUCCAUCAGCAGGUGUCAAACUGUCUGCUGGGGACAUCAGUGGGCAAAAAAAUACAAUUAAAAACAAAUCGAUUUUUUUCUCAUUUGUCUUUCAAUUGGAAUUUAACUUUUGGAGAAUGUUAGUUGUAUGUUGUUUUUUGUUGUUGCUUAUCGAGCUGUGUAAAGACACUUAGAUAGAUUUACAACUUGAAUACUUGUGUUUUUUUUGCAGUGAAUAUGUAUUGACCAUUUCCAUUGUAUAUUGUUCAGUACCAAACACUUGUCUUUCAACAUGCUGGGUGUGAUUUUUCAUCACUGGCCAUUUACUUUAUAAUUUCAUACUUUAGUAGGCCUAGCUAGUAUCUAUUGACUGCAUUGUACAUUUGACUGUGUUUACAACUAAACAAGUGCUUAUGUUGCACAUGGCUUUUUGUUGUAUUUGUUUGACUUUACCUGCCUCCACACAUAUUAACUUCUUUCAUCAAAUGUCAGCGCGUGUCUUAAAAUAUAACCCAGGCGAGUCUGUAGUUACACCAAUUAAAACAAACCAUGUACACAGAGGAUACUUUUAUAACAUGGUGCUCUCAUGUUGGAUUCAUUCAUUGGAUUCAAAUUUAAUAGAAGGAUUUUGAACUUUUUGUAAUAGAUGAAGGUAUAAUGAGAGAGAAUAAAGUGCCUUAAAGAGAAAAGGGAUUAUUUGGAUGGAUAUAAAAAAGAAUGUGUAGGGUACUAUUUGGAAUGAGGAAUGGUUUCAAGCUCAACCUUCAGCUGCAUCACGUCUUCUGUAAGUUCGUUGUUCGGGGUGCAAGCCACUCGCUAGUGUUUAUGUGAGGAAAGCUACCAUAAACGCACAUGGUAAAUCGACAUAGAUGUUGUUGUUUGUUUUUUUAAAUGCAUUGUGCAUGUUUAUUUGCAAAACAACAUUUAUACUGAGAAGUGGUUAUUGUAUGUUUUAAGUUAUACUUGUUUAAGAUUUGUAUGUGUGAUUGCUUGAUUUCUGAUGCAAUACAGAUAAGAAUAGAAAUUGAUAUCUGGGUUUGAUACCAAACUAGUAAAUCAGCAUAUUCUACCAUGUCACUUGUGCUGUAAAUACUAAUGAAGAAUGUGUAUAAAAGCCCCGCUGCUUUUUUUGCUGUGUGGUAUAUUCCCUUUUUUUGGUUCUCCUUUAACUUUCAGUACAUUUCAUUAAAACCUUUUGAGUAACUGCAACUGAAGAAGUGUUACUGCUUGUUCUUUACCAAUGCAGGAAAUCAUUUGUUGGCUGAGUUGAUCGUAGUUAUUUUUUUGUGUGUUUUGAAGGAGUUUGAUUCAGUCUCUGAAAGACAAUGGAGUGCCGUUGGUAAUGUACCUUAUUGUUAUCAAUAAAGUUAACUCUUUUAAAUUUU